AUGAUCUUGUGUGAAGAUGAAAACUCUACCUCUACAGAGUCCACCAUUCAACCGGUGGAUAUCGAGGAGGAAGGCGGAAAUGACGAUGACCUUCUGGUACCGUUGAGAACUCUGAUGGAUAUUGAUAUGGUGGGACCGGACCACACGCUAUCCACAGAAACGGCUUCACCCAUAGCAAUCGUCGAGAGCUCAACAGAAAGGCACCAAUCACGAAAGAUAAGAGGGCCAUAUCGACGAUAA